CUGCGUUUUGACCCCUUUCUCGCUGUUCUCACCCUCCUCGAUUCUCUGCAGAUUUCAUCGAAUUCAUCGAAGAAAUAAAAAACUCAGAUCGGAUUUUCAGCCGUAUAUCCUCCCGACGUGUAAUUUCGGUGAUCGAAUCGAGGUCUGAGGAGGGUCGAGACCCGUUCUGGUGCAAUGGGUUUUGUCUGAAACGAACAUAGAAUUCAAAUUCACGCUAAAUCCCAUCUCGGGAUCUGUAAAUUGAAGGAUUUGGUAUGUGGGUGUGAUUGGUAAAGGUCGAAAACGGCGACUUUGAUCCGGAUUCGAUUGUUUUGGUAGGUCUCUGGAGCACCCAUGUGAUAAGUGUUGGCGAGAAAUAAAGGUCCGACUGGAAAUUUCUUAAAAAUCAGCAUAUUGGACAUAGAAGCGGAAGGUUUUUGUUGAAGGAGGUUUGGGCUUUAGAAUCAAUUUAAGCAAGAUUGUAUUGCCUGGGGUUGUUGCUGAUGAGUUGGUGAUGGACCCUUUACUGAAUAUUAUGCUUUUUCAAACUGAGAGGUGGGAUGGAGAUAUCUUUGUUAAGGGCUCUGCUCAACAGCAUCUCUCGGUUCAGUCUUUUGUCUUCAUUUAACAGCACACAACAAGAACCAGUCAAGAAAUAUUAUCAAAAUAUAGACGAAAUCUUGAAGCUCUUGAAGCCUAUACUCAAUGACAUCAAUGAUUCAAACAUAGCUCCAGAUGAACAAUUUAAUAAGGUGUUGGAAGAACUCGACGCAAGCAUCACUGAAGCCACAGAGCUUGUGGAAAACUGGCACCAAUUGACUAGUAAAGUUUAUUUUGUUCUACAAAUUGAAUCAUCAAUGACAAAGAUUCAGACCUCUGGGCUAGAGAUUUGCAAGCUAGCGAAUUCUUUGCUCCCAUCAGUCACUGAAGCUUCAGACUCAGCAUGUGUUCAGCACUGUGUACAGAAAAUUCAGCAUAUCAGGUCCGAACAAACAUCUCAUGUCAUCAAAGAAGCUAUGAAGGAUCUACAACAGAACACCACACCCAGAUCAGAGAUACUGAUGAAGAUUGCAGACUCGUUGAGCUUGACAACAAAUCAGGAAUUGCUGCUGGAGGCCGUGGCCCUUGAGAAGUCAAAGGCAAAGGCCGACCACAAUAAAACCAAUGGAGAGAAGGAGAGCAUCGAUCAUAUGAUCAGUCUUGUCACCCACAUGCAUGAUGGACUCAUGAAAAUAAAGCAGUCUCAGACCAUUAAUGGGAUGCCAAUUCCCACCGAUUUCCGUUGCCCGCUUUCCCUGGAGCUGAUGUCUGACCCAGUGAUUGUUGCAUCUGGACAGACCUAUGAACGAGCUUUCAUUAGGAAAUGGCUUGAUCAAGGCCUGACCCUUUGUCCCAAGACACGCCAAACUCUCUCACACACAAAUCUAAUUCCUAACUAUACAGUCAAGGCACUAAUUGCGAAUUGGUGCGAGUUAAACAAUAUCAAGCUUCCUCACCCUGAAAAGUCGGCGAUCUUAAACCAGUCCCCAGCUGCCCUCGCCCAUGCAGAUGGUAGCUCUGGAGAUCCUCGCAUCCUUCCCCAUGUAGACCAUGCUUCCAGGAUCAAUGGCCCCAGAUCACCUGAAUCUACCAGGUCUAACGGGACUAAUGAAAAUGACAGGCCGGUAUCUCCAUUACAUCUAAACGCAUCCAGAGAGGGUAUGUUUGUUAGUGGGCUAACUUCGGGCCCACCUUCAGAUGCUGGAAACGAUUUGGAGGUGGAUAUUUGUCAGGUCUCAUUAUCAAGUUCCAAAGAAAAUGCAGGAAACUCUGAAGACUGGAAAGUGGAUCACAAUGGCCAAGCAUCGGUGUCAUCUAGGAAGGACUCCUGCAGAGAAACCUUGGUCGAUGAACAGUCAUCAGGCCAUAGCCGAAGUGCCUCUGUCUCCAGUGCUGUCUCCAGCAUGGAUGCUAACGAGGCCUCCCACCUGUCAGGUGAUCUCACCCGUUACAGCAGUGAUGCUUCUGGUGAGCUGACAUCGGAGGCCCCACCUCCAUCAGUCCAACAUAGAGAAUCUGAGUUCCCACAGAAGCUGCCUGACAUGCGUUCUCGUAGCCAAAUUUGGCGCCGGACACCUGAACGGGUUGUUGCAAGGAUCGUUUCUUCUCCUGCGUUGGACACGAGAGCCGAUCUGGCUGGCAUUGAGACCCAAGUUCGGAAGUUAGUUGAAGAUCUGCAGAGCAGUUUGGUUGAUGUGCAAAGAGCUGCUGCUGCCGAACUGCGACUUCUUGCCAAGCACAACAUGGACAAUAGGAUUGUGAUUGCUACCUGUGGUGCCAUUAGCCAUUUGGUUGGCCUGCUGUACUCGACGGAUUUGAAGACCCAAGAGAAUGCUGUUACAGCACUGCUAAACCUAUCCAUAAAUGACAAUAAUAAGAUUGCAAUUGCGAAUGUGGGGGCCAUCGACCCACUUAUCCAUGUGCUUGAGACGGGGAACCCUGAAGCCAAAGAGAACUCAGCUGCUACCAUAUUCAGUCUUUCGGUCAUCGAGGAAAACAAGGUUAGGAUCGGGCGGUCCCACGCGAUCAAGCCUCUGGUGGAAUUGCUAGGCCAUGGUACCCCGCGAGGAAAGAAAGAUGCCGCAACUGCUUUAUUCAACUUAUCAAUAUUUCAUGAGAACAAGGCCCGAAUUGUGCAGGCUGGGGCUGUGAAGUACCUCGUUGAGCUGAUGGACCCCGCAGCAGGGAUGGUCGAUAAGGCAGUUGCUGUCUUGGCUAAUCUUUCAACCAUACACGAGGGGCGGGUUGCGAUCGGCCAGGAAGGAGGUAUACCGGUUCUUGUUGAGGUUGUUGAAUUGGGAUCAGCAAGAGGGAAGGAAAAUGCUGCGGCUGCCUUGCUACAGCUUUGUACAAAUAGCAAUAAAUUCUGCAGCCUGGUUCUCCAAGAAGGCGCUGUUCCGCCAUUGGUGGCACUGUCACAGUCGGGCACACCACGAGCUAAAGAAAAGGCGCAGGCUCUUCUUAGCUUUUUCAGAAGCCAGAGACAUGCGAAUGCUGGGAGGGCUUGAUAUUGGCCCAUGAUCCGCCCUUCUUUAACAUACUUGCGGCUUCUAAUUCUAUGAUGGAGGGAAGUGUGUGUGACUUUUUAGGUAAGUUAAAAAGAAAGUGUGAAUUACUGCUGCUGCAAUAAUAACAUAAAAAAUACUUUCUGGUUGUUGCAUGUAAAAAAGAAAAUGAUACAAUUGAAGGGUCUGCUGAUUCUUUGUUCCACAGCGGAUUCUUGUAUAUUCCUUUGGCAGCUCUGGUGUAUGUGGAGUUGAUGAGUAUUAUUUUUUUGUAUCUAAAUUACACAGGACAAGCAGUCCUUGUUCUUCUUCAUCCGUUUUCUUUCUUUCUUAAAUACUGAGAGAGCUGUUGUAGAAUGUCCAAACAUUGAAUGUUUUCCGUCGGUGGUGGUGUCCGUCU